AUGAAUGUCUCUUCUAAGGCCUCCUGCGCCUCCAGUUCAACAGUAAACGCUUUCUGUCCAUCUUCAUAUAGGUCCACUGAAGAUAGUGCCAUCUCUCCGAGAUUUCCUGACGACGUUUCUUGUAUAAAUAUAAGACCUAUGGUUCAAGCCCGCUCUUCGCCUAAAAUUUCACGACUACUCACAGUUGAUCUAAACGAUUCUUUCUCCCAGUCUCAGAGUAUGGAACUGCAAUCGGUUCCUGUUAUAGGCACCGGAGGAGACGCUUUAUUUGGCUUCCCACGAGAACAAAGAUCAAAUAAUGUUUCUGCUAACCUUGGUACAGACUUCUUCACACUUUCCACUUCCUGUACAAAUCUCGAAGAGCCUGUAUAA